ACAUGAAUUUUCAGGUUGAGACACAUAAUAUUUUACAUCCUGAAUUCCUGAUUGUAAAAUAUGAAAUAUUCAAUAAAUUGUGAAUAAAAUGAUAUGACUCUCAAUUACAUCAAAAAAUGAAUUGAAUUGUAACGCAGAGAAAUAAAGUCAUCUAAAACUAGGUGUGGCUAAAAUGGAUGAGUUAAUAAACUUCCCCUUUCAUAGAGAUAAAAUAUUCAGUAGAAAACAUCUAUCAGCGAUAGUAGAACUUCCUGUUACAGUGCUAACCUGUGGACAUGUGACAGUGUUGUUAGUCCCUGUGAGGAAGAAAGAUCUUCACUCUGCUUUUCAGUGUUACAGCUCAUAAUACAGAGAACGUUCCAAAGUCUUUUCAAGAACUCUGAAAUACCUUUCUGGACUCCACCAUAUUCUAGAGGCGCCUCAUUGAAGGUUUCGGAGCUGGGUAUUCAUGAUACAAUGAGUCUACAAUAAUGUCUCCUUAGUUGUGACAUCUACAGUGCAACCAAAAACUGUACAAAAAAAGGAGCUACUUCUUACAUGUUAAAAUGUCAAGCCCUCUGAGACACGUGUUCUUCAUACUAGUAAAAAUUUCUUUUUUUUUUGGAUUUUCCAGCACUUUGUCAACCAACAAGACCAUUCCAUGCGCUAUUAUAGAACAGAACAACACCGUUGUUUUUGACUGCAGUGCUCGAAGCCUGAAAACAGUUCCAGUUCCUAGUGACUAUAAAUCAAAUUCUGUGGAACUGUUAUUAAAAGAAAACCUCAUAGACGUCAUAGAUAAAUCAUCAUUUAAAGAUUGGCAAAAUCUUACAAAAAUAGACUUAAGCUCAAAUCACUAUCCAAAUUCUAAACUAGUCAACCCAGAUCAUUGCAAAAGAGGUCUUAAGAUCAUCAAUGGGACAUUUUCGAAUGUGACAAAACUGGAGCAGUUAAUAAUAGACUAUAAUUAUUUAUGUGAAAUUCCUCCUGGAUUGCCAGACAGUAUAACAAUGUUGAGUUUUCAGCAUAACAACAUUUUCUCAAUCAACAGGACAAGUUUCUCUAGGGUUAGAAAUCUGAGGAUACUGCUUUUAGGACAUAACUGUUAUUAUGGCAAUAAAUGCACUUCUUCAUUGGACAUUGAAAAUGGAACCUUUUCGGACCUGAAAGAAAUGAUUGUGCUUAAUCUGUCAUUUACCAACAUAACUACUGUGCCACAGUACUUACCUCCAUCCCUGAAAGAACUUUAUUUAAGCAAUAAUAGGAUAAAAGUCAUUUACAGAGAUGACUUUAAAAAUCUAAUUAACUUAGAACUUCUUUUUCUGAGCGGGAACUGCCCACGAUGUUAUAAUGCCGCAUACCCAUGUGAACCAUGCACUGGAAAAUCCUCUAUUGAAAUAGAUGAGUUUGCUUUUCAAAACUUGGUAAACCUGAGUGUCCUUCAUUUAGGCAGCACAUCUCUGAGCCGCAUCCCAGAAACAUGGUUUCAGAACACAACUCGAUUAAGAGUUCUAAAUCUUGCAUUGAAUUUCUUAGUUACUGAAAUGUCAACUGGACAGUUUCUUCUGUACUUACCUUCCUUAGAGGUGCUAGACUUAUCCUUUAAUUACAAUUUAAGAUCUUAUCCGAAAAAUAUUAACCUUUCAGAGAAUUUUUCACACCUAAUAUCACUUAGAGAGCUGCAUAUCAGAGGCUAUGUAUUUAAAGAAAUUACUGCUCAGAACUUGGCCCCACUCCUAAAAUUACAGAGAUUGACUAUCCUAGACCUUGGGAUAAAUUUUGUUAGGACUGUUAAUUUUGAAGUAUUUAAGCACUUUCCAAGUCUAUCCAUUCUUUAUUUAUCGGAAAAUAGAAUAUCUCCUUUUUCUGAAAGUAAUAACAAAAGCAAAUCCCUUGUGGAAUUUACCAAUAGUCAAUCCAAACAAAUACAGACACAAGAUCCUCUAUUUUUAUGGUAUGAUAGUAAGUACUCUCCAGCAAUCAUUACUCCAUUUAAUCAACUUGUUAAACCUCAGUGUAGUAAAUAUGGCAAAACAUUAGAUUUAAGCUUGAACAGCAUCUUUUUCAUUGACCCAGAAGAAUUUAGUUCAUUUUCAGAUAUUGCUUGUUUAAACUUAUCUUCCAAUGGAAUUGGUCAGGCUUUAAAUGGGUCAGAAUUUUCACAUUUUUCAAACCUUGCAUAUUUAGAUUUGUCAUUCAAUAAACUAGAUUUUGCCUACUACAGUGCUUUUCAAGAACUAAAACAGUUGGAAGUCUUGGACGUAAGUUAUAACAGACACUAUUUUAUUGUCGAAGGUGUAACUCAUCAUCUGGACUUCAUUGAAAAUCUUCACAAGCUUGCCAUUCUAAACCUAAGCUGGAAUGAGAUCUCUACUCUAACAGUGUCAGAGAUUAAAAGCAGUUCUUUGAAAGAAUUGAGGUUUGCAGGAAAUCGCUUGGAUAUUUUAUGGACAAAAGGAGACGGACGCUACAUAAAUCUUUUUAGGAAUUUUACCAAUCUGUCAUUACUUGAUAUCUCAAGCAACAGGAUCCAUAUAAUGUCUGAAGAAGCACUUCUUAAUCUUCCUAUAAGCCUUACUGAGCUGUAUUUAACACAUAAUAACUUAGAGUAUUUUCCUUGGAAGAAUUUGAGCUACUUUAAGAAUCUAAAGGUUCUUGACUUGAGUAACAAUAACCUACGAAUGAUUAUUGGAAAUUUGAGCCAUUAUACAAAAUCCUUACAAACACUGAUAAUAAGUCACAACUCAAUCCAAACUUUAGCAGAACACUUUCUUUUCAAAGCUGUGAGUCUUACUCAUCUUGAUUUAAGUUACAAUCUUAUUCAGUCCAUUAAUAAUUCAAUAUUUAUGACUGGGAGUGACAACUAUCUGGAGGUUUUAAAACUGAAAGGAAACCCAUUGGAUUGUACUUGUGAUAUUAUUGACCUUGUCCAGUGGAUCAUGAAAAACAAUGUAACUAUUCCACGGCUGGCCACUGAUGUUACUUGUGCCACGCCUAAUAACUGGAGGAAGAAGCCAAUUAUAAAUUUUGACUAUAGUGCCUGUAACGUGGACACGCUUGCAUUGCUUCUGUUUCUUAUGACAGCACUCGUAAUUGUACCAUUAACCAUAAUGCCAAUAAUGAAACAUUUGUUUUAUUGGGAUGUAUGGUAUAUAUACCACUGGUGCAGGGCAAGGCUCAAAUGUUAUAGAGUCUGUACUUCAGGAAGUGUGUAUGAUGCUUUCAUUACAUAUGAUGAGACAGAUCCAGCCGUUACUGACUGGGUUUAUAAUGAAUUAUGUCACCAGAUUGAGGACCAAGGAAACAAGAGCAUACUUCUCUGCCUAGAAGAAAGGGACUGGGAGCCAGGGAAAGCUGUCAUUGACAACAUUGCACAAAGUAUUAACCAAAGCAGAAAGACUUUAUUUGUUCUCACGAAACAAUAUGUACGAAAAGGAAAGUUCCGGACAGCUUUUUACUUGGCCAUGCAAAAACUGAUGGAUGAGAAUAUGGAUGUAAUCGUCCUUGUACUGUUACAGCCUGUUCUGCAAAAUUCCCAGUACCUACGACUCAGGAAGAAAAUCUGUAAGAGUUCCAUCUUGGAAUGGCCCAAAAAUCCCAAAGCAAAACCAUUGUUUUGGCAAAACAUGAAAUAUGUAUUAUUGACAGAAAAUCAAAACAGAUAUAAUAAUAUGUAUACUGAUUAUAUUGCUAUGUAAAAAUAAGUCAUCAAAGCAAGUUAUGUUACAUUGGUGAUAAGAUCCAUCCUAUAACAAAAUGUGUUGAUCCAGAGAAAGAAAAAACAAACCUCAUGAGGAAGAUGACAAUAGCCCCAUACCAGAGGAAGUAUUCCUUCCCAACUCCAAAUAAAACUAAACAAAUGAGUCGUCUUUCAAAUUUUAGAGACACUAUGAAUGUUUUAUUUCUGUAUCAUUUUGUUGUUAUACUGUACAUGUAUGCGCUAACUGAUCUUUUUUUAUUCUAAUGCUCUAAUUGUUUUUGUUGUCGUUCAUGCACUUACAGAACUGUCUAAGGUGUGUUCUUAAACUGAUAUAUAGAUUAGCUUUAUACAACAGGCUAGGGGGCUAGUUUGCCCUUUAGAAUAUUGGACACUUAAUCUAACUACUUUUGUAAUAUUGCGAACCCUUGAGAAAAGCAACAUUUAAAUACUUCUUUACCUCCUUGUAAAUGUUGCUUUCUCCUUAGGGUUUGUAAGCACAUAUGGACAGGGCUCCAUCCCAAUGUAUCCUGUUUACAUCUUUAUUUAGCUUCUACAUUUUUAUCUGUGUUUCUGUGUUUGUUACAAAUGUUUUUUCCUGUAAAUGUUUUAUAAUGUACAAAUGAUGGGACAAGAUGAAUAAAUAGUUAAAGGGGAACUCC